AUGGCGAGCCAAGAAUCCGACAUGAUUAACCUGCGGGCGCCUCUUGCGCGCGCUGCCACCGUUCUGGACCGGUCGCUCUUCUCCAAGAAGCUGGAGCUUGCCGCCGCUACGGUCAAGGACCCACGCAACAUCUCCAAGUAUCGCAAGCAGCUGGAGAAGUCCAAGGAGCUUCUGAGGCUCGAUCGCCUGGACUCUUGCAGGAACGAUCCCAAGGCCCCUGGCCUGAAGUGCCUCCUUCUGCGCCCGGGCAUCAAAGCCGAUGGUGUGUUCCGCCGACGACAUGGGGCCCCAUCUUUCAAGAGGGCGUCAAGACCGGCGAGCUGGACGUUGUACCCUACGACUUGGAACUCGACUAUGACUACUGGUCCUAUCGUAAGUAGGCCUGAGACGUUCCGGGAGAUGAGAGACAGAGCGCUGACCGUCGUCCAAGUUGACGUGAUGACAUCCAUUUUACCGGAGGAGCUCCACGUGGAGAUUCCCGUCGGCUUCAACACCGCCGGUCAUGUCGCGCAUCUCAACCUGAAGGACCCGUACCUCCCGUACAAGAAGAUCAUCGCCGAGGUCAUUCUGGACAAGAACCCCAAGAUCCGCACGGUGAUCAACAAGAUCGACGAUGUCGGCAACGAGUCCGUCUUCAGGACGUUCGCGUACGAGGUUCUCUGUGGGCCCGACGACCUGAAUGUCGAGGUCAAGGAGAACGACUGCGUCUUCCAAUUCGACUACGCCAAGGUGUACUGGAACAGCAAGCUGGAGCCGGAACACACGAGGCUCAUCAGCAAGUUCAAGCCCGGCGAGGUCGUUGCCGACGUCAUGGCAGGCAUCGGACCGUUCGCCGUCCCAGCUGGAAAGAAAGGGGUGUUUGUCUUCGCCAACGACAUGAACCCGGAGAGCUACAAGUAUCUCACCGCUGCGGUUGAGAGGAACAAGGUCUCACAAUACGUCCGCCCGUACAACAUGGACGGCCGCAAGUUCAUCCAAGAUGCCGUCCACCAGGUCUACGACGCCUCAAGUCGGGGAGAAGGCGCCGUGAUCAAGGCCAAGCAGUCCAGGAGCAAGCCUCAGAACCCGGUCCCUGAGCCGAAGCGCAUCCCGAUCCCGCCGACCAUCUCACACUUCGUCAUGAACCUACCCGCUUCAGCCUACACGUUCGUCAACCACUACAAAGGCAUCUACCGCGGGCACGAGAAGCUCUUUGAGCCGCACACGUCGACCAAACUCCCGAUGGUCCACGUGCACUGCUUCGCCCUCAAGAGCGACGACGAAGUGCCGCUGAACGACAUCCUCGAACGCCUCCACGCCGAGAUCGGCGUCCGGUUCAAGGUCGGAGACGCAGACAAGUACGGAGAGGUGGACAUCUACAACGUGCGGGACGUGGCCCCGAAGAAGCGCAUGUUCUGCGCCAGCUUCCGCAUCCCGCCCGAAGUCGCCUUUGCUGAGGGCAGCUGA